GACUUCGCUCAAGUGUUUACACAACUCCGUAGAGCGCAGAUCGCACGUGGGUCGCUGUAGUCGCUCGUGCGACGCGUGUUACGAGCUGCCUGCAUUUGUUGGCACGCGCAGCAGACGGCAGACGCAGCACGUACGUGCGGACUUUCUCGUGUGGGGCAACUUGGAGACCGCGAUGCCGUACAUGUUGAUCUCAACCCAGAUCCGACUGGAGAAUGGACCGACCAUCGUAGGGGACCGCAACAGCGAUCCAACUCUCAUGGAGCAUCUUGGCGCGCGCAAGAUCACCCAGCCAGGAAACGACUUCCCUGAGUACCGGACGGAAGACCCACCCCGCACUGUGCUGAACAAGCUAGAGCUGAUGGGCUACCGUGUGGUGGCAAUGUCCGGCAUUGGCCAGACUUGCAUCUGGACUUUACACAAGCCGUGAUGUUGCGCGUCAUGUCUUACAGCGUUUUGCAUUUAGCGCUCUGGUGCCACUACUAGCAUCAACUGCUUGUCUCACGUUUCUAUUUUUACACCUGCUUUGUCUCAAACUGCUGGCCAGUCACUGGGUAAAACAGCCCACUCACUUCACCAUGGGUUCACUUAACCACGGAUUGUUAUGCUUGGUCUGUCACAGUCGUGAUAUUUUGUAAAACUCAGCCCUGUGGCGCUGCUCUCCACCCCCGGACAUGUCAGCGUCUACGGGCGACAGCUUUCCUCGCAGAGCGCCACGUGUGCUGUCUUGGCGCAGUACCUUGUUAUACGUAGUGCCAUGACCAAGGGCAUUUUUUUUCUUAUACAUUUCUUUUUCUCAGAACCAAGAUAUAAAUGUUGGCACAGUGCGAGGUAUGCUGUUGCCUGUUGGUGCUGUGUCCAGUGCCGAAUCACGCAAUAUCCUGCACGAUUGACCAUAUCCACAAAAGUUUAUAGAACGUGAAUAUUGCUCCUGGAGAGCUGGUCUCUUUUUCUGUAUUCCAAAGGAGAAAUCGCCAAAAAGAAGUAACUUAGCCCCAAGUGAACAGUGUAACGCUAAACCAACAGUUUAGAUUAAGGGCAGCCGAUACGUAGACGUCAAUUAUAGUCACGCCUUCUUCUUUAGGUCUCGCUUAUCUGCUUGCCUCACACUUUUAUGGGUUGCAAUUAGCUGCCUUCUCAGCUUACCAGUGCAGCUUGCAUCAACUCCUGCUCAGGAUGAAUGCAUUGUGAUAGACGUAUUGACGCAGCCAUCACACCUCACGCUGGCACGAGAGCCGCAUGAGGCUGGGUAUAAUCACUGCUGCUCUCUUCAGUAGAUUGUCAGGGAACAAUGUUAAAUUAUGAGUAGAAGAGCACAUCUAAGAAAGGUUGACAAUCUACAACCUCUUCACUGCCAGCCUGCCCUCCUCCUCCAUGCUUCUCCCUCGCUCAUUCGCUCAGCUUGCGGUGUCAAACAAAUGACGUAGUCCCAGCUUCCAGUUCCAAGCAUAAGUGACGUCACUGACGUCUGCUAUUGCUGCAUAGAGAUGCAAGCGUGCAACAAGCGAAAAAUGGGAACGUUUGGAAAUCCGGGAAGCGGAACUACCGGAAACAAAACGUAGGAAUUGGUAAUUACGGAAGCACAACUGACACGUGAUCGAGGAAUCAGAGAACAGCAGCACAUCAAAGGCUGGCGCUACUUGGCAAAAGCAGUGGUGGCACAUCGAUGGAGGGGCUUUAGUGUGAACUAAUUGAGGAACAAAACUCUGAUCCUUUGGUGUAUCCUGCCACAGCAGCAGGGCAUUGUUCAAAGUACUAAAGAACUUACUGUGAUUGUUGGCUCAACUGGCUUUUGUAUUGUCGUUGCUUGAUAUAAAAUUAUUUUUUUGUUGCA